AUGGAAGAACUCUGGACUGACAUGUUGCUCGUAUCAGAUCGCCCUUUGCAACACAUCAACAAGAAAGGCAGGCCGGUGAGCCAGUGCCCGCACUGUAGAGGAUUGAGAAAGAGCCGAGCGACCCAUGCUGCUUGCGAAUGCGGCUCCAAACCACACAAAAAAGAAGAUCAUGCAGAGGAACGAAGCGAGUCCGACCAAUCUGACACCGCUGAACAGCCCUCCUGCUGCUGCAGCCACGGCAUGAAAUGCACCUGUGCACUGAAGAAAGAGCCUCUAGAUCCGGUGCCUGAAUUCGACGACCCUAGAGUCGCUCCCAUGAGGACCCUCAGCAACAAAAAACCAAGACUAGCCAAAGCUGGAUCGGAGACUUCACUGACCAUUUUUACAAAUGGCCAUCACAAGCCCACUCACAGACACAAUGACUCUGCGCACAAGCUUGGCAUGCCUUACAAGGUGCCCAUACCUCACAGUGUACCAGGAGGAGCAAGUGCGAGGCGAUCCACUGAUAGCCUGCCUUUGUAUAAAGGAAGAGACUUUUCUUCGCGCGUGGACAUCCCAGCAAUCGCUCCGAAUCUGAGGUCGUCAAGGUCAGAGCAUGGAUCUCCACUGCCGCGGAGCACAGAUCAAUUAGCCCCACUUGACUUCAACUUCUCUCUCAUGGGCAAUGCACCACAAUACAGCGAUGCCUUUCAGUCAUCCUUCUACACACCUUCGGAGGACUUCUCGAGCUACCCAUCAGGUCUUAAUGUUUCCCCGCCAGCCGAUUGGUCGGCUAUAGAUCUACCACUCGACGAAUUUUCCGCCUCCUAUCAGCAAUCUCAACCUCAGCAAGGCCCGUACGGAUUCGAGCCGCCUAAUGCUGCAACCAAUUCUUCUGGACAGGUUUCUGAAGUUAGCGACUACCUAUCAUCGGCGCCUUCUAGACCAGCGCUAUCUAACGCUAACUCCGAUGAAAGUCAAAUACCACGGCUGUCACCACCGGGCUACCUUAGCACAGCUCAAAGGCCGCAAUCAAGACCCACUCUCUCCACAGCCAGUUCUGACUCCAGUAACAUCAGUCAGCUGUCCCAACCAAAUUACUUAGCCUCCCCACAACCAACGCCAUCAAGGCCGGAUCUCACCACCGCCUAUUCCAACGAUAGCAACGUUAAUCGGCUGGCAUCCCCACCUUAUCUCGGUGCUAGGCAGCAAGUAUCGCCCCGGCUAGAUAUGGGUACAGCAUGUUCGGACGACAGCAGCAUCAAAAGCCUGCCACCUCCAUCUUACGUUGCUGCGCAUCAAGCAAUGUCCCCCAACCCGGAUCUGACUACUACGAGGACUGAUGACCAUAAGGUAGACUUGUCACCUACAUCAUAUCCGAGUGCUUCUCAUUCGUUCCCAACAAAGUCGGAAAUCGCUAUGACUAAGUCGAAUGAAGGACUGAAGAAAGAGCCCUCACUCUCACCCCACACUAGCGCUCCUCAGAAUCUUCCCUCUCUUGCCAUUGACAGCUCAUUCAGAUACCCGGUGGAGCUGCCCAGGCCAGCUUCUAAGCAAGCAGACUCCUCACCGGAAUUAUCUUUUCGACCUACAACAGCAUCGCCAACAGAGGUACAGGAAGCUAGUCCGGGAAGACAACUUGGCUCGGAAGCAUUCGAAAGGCACGGCACUAAGUACAUCCUCGGGGGAGCAUUCGAUUUGGGCCACCACUGCCAGCCCGAGCGAGACAUCAUUCGUGUCACAGCAAGAAGUCGAAGGCAACUCGUGGCAGCCUUGACGCACGAUACAGAUCAUCAACCGCUACGAAUAAUGAUAAUGAUGGAAUCAACCGAAGAGAAAUGUUCGAUUUUGAUAGAUUCUUGA